CCCUUCACCACACAUCACACACACUUAUAUAUAUAGGUGUAUAUAUAGUAGCUCUAAAUCUAAACCUUCAUUGUGAUCAUUACCAUGCCUUCCAUGGCUGAGCUGCAUAACUCAGAGUCCGAGUGCAGCGGCUCCUCCACCCCCAAAAACCACCUAAAGAGGCCCCGCGAUGCCGCCAAAGACGGCGGCGCCGCCCAAAAGAGAAGCAAAAGCAGCAGCGGAGGAAGCGGCAGCGCUCAUCCGGUAUACAGAGGAGUGCGAAUGCGGGCGUGGGGGAAGUGGGUGUCGGAGAUCCGCGAGCCGAAGAAGAAGUCGAGGAUCUGGCUCGGGACCUUCGCCACCGCCGAGAUGGCGGCGCGCGCCCACGACGUGGCCGCCCUGGCCAUCAAGGGCGGCGGCGCCAUCCUCAACUUCCCCGCGAUUUCCGCCCUCCUGCCCCGCCCCGCGACCUGCUCGCCGCGGGACGUGCAGGAGGCGGCCGCCAAGGCCGCCCAGAUGCUCCAUCUGGGCGGCGGCGAGGCAGCGGCCGCGGCGUCGCCCGCCACGACGACGACGUCCUCCUCGUCCUUUUCCGAAGAGGACGCCGCGUCGCCCGAGGAGGCCGCAGACCUCCUCGGGGAGAUCGUGGAGCUGCCGCGGCUGUGUGAAUGGGAUUUCUACAUCAAUCCGCCAUUGAUACAUAGCUUAGAUGAUUGUGGGCUUCUCUUGGGAGCUGAUGAUCAUCAUUCAAUGGUGAUUGAUGAUUUCAUGUCUGCAAAUUUUCAAGGUCUCUUAUGGAAUCAUCAUUGCUAAUUAAAAAAAAUCCCCAUCUUUUUUUCCAUUAAUUGUGUGUGUUUUUUUCUUUUUUUCCUUGAAAUUUCCCUUUCAAGAGUUUUGACCAUUUUACUCGUCUCCUCUUCCUCUUCCUCUUCCUCUUCCUCUUCCUCUUGGAUUAGAGCAUUCGCAUCGCAGUGCUCAAUCCAUGAGCGACACGUGGCAUGUUUCUAAUUUUGUUUGUUAUAAAUCUGUUCAAGAGUUGUGAUUAGUGUUAGAGGAGCGUAUUAUUAGUGUAGUGUUCGAGGUAUAGGCUCUUUUUCUCUAGUGAUUACUGUUGAUUUUUUUGUAUUUUUCUGAGGUUGUAACAAUAAUAUUAGAAAUAGAUUAAUGUAUAAAAAUGUGUGUUACCAAGAAGCAAUUAGUCAAUUGCUACUCUUCUUUA